GUAUCUGAACGAUAAUCGAAAAUGAGAUGACUUUGGAGACUAUGCAAGGCGCAUCGUCUUCAAGGGACAAGGACUUCUCAUUCGCUAGACUGUGUGAUCUCAAAGCUCCAGUCACCCUCAAAAUCGCGUCAUUGGAAGGCGAUCUGCCCAAAAGUAGCUACUCAGAGAUCUUGGAUGACCCAGAGCUAGAUCACGAAGGCUUGAGCUCAGAAGGGCUCUCAGAUCUCUAUGUCACAUGUCGGCUGUGGAUGGACGGCAAGGCCGCAACAUUACCAUACCGGACUGCUUGGAAGGACUUCCCGCGAACAUAUACGUGGAACCAAGCGAUUACCCUGCCCAUCACAUACCAAUCGCUGCUUCUGACAGCUCAGAUCGCCUUUACCAUCUGGGAUGUGCGCGGUGCCGGCAAACCUGUGCCAGUGGGUGGGUCUACCAUGUCCAUGUUCAACUCGAAGCGGACCUUGAAGCGUGGGCAGCAGCGUCUGUUUCUUCAUCUAGGCACGGAAGCAGAUCCAAGCUUGGAGACAUCUACCCCCAGUGAACAGUUCUCAAGCGAAGAGUCGGAUGAGAUGGGCCGACUUGAAGGGCUUGUGAAAGACUAUGAGCGAGGGGACAUUCCCAAGGUGGACUGGUUGGAUCGUCUGGCAUUCCGGCAAGUGGAGAAGGUUCAUUCGGCUGAGGCAAGCAAGUCUGCCAAAGUCUACUUAUACGUGGAUCUGCCGAAAUUUGACUUCCCCGUCGUCUUCUCUGAACAGGAAUCACCGGCAACUCUGCCUCCUCAGCCUGUCCUUGCUCCACCUACGCAAGGAAAUCCAAACCCCUCGGCUCUCCCACCCGACCUCCUGGCAAGUGACCAAUAUCUUUGGAGAAUAUACGACCCCGAUACAUGGCGAGAGAAUCCUGUAGAAAUCAAGCACCGCAAAUUGCUUCGAAGUCAGCGGCUAGGUGACGAGGGCAAAGACUUGAAACCUGGUCCUGCCGAUCGGGAUCGCUUGAAUGAAAUCUUUCAACUCCCUCCGACUGCAUCACUGUCUCCUGUCGAUAAGGAUCUGCUAUGGAAGUUCCGGUUCUCUCUCUUCCGAUCACCUCGAUCCCUCACCAAAUUCCUAAAGUGUGUCACUUGGUCGGAUCCUAUGGAAGCCAAGCAAGCAGUCGAAAAGCUCUUGCCCCUCUGGGGUCAGGAGAUUGGCGUGGACGAUGCCCUGGAAUUGCUGGGUCCCGGUUUCUCGGAUAGACGAGUCAGGGCCUUCGCAGUGCGUCGGCUGGAGAGAUCGGAUGAUGAGGAACUGGUCUUGUAUCUACUGCAACUUGUUCAGGCUCUUAAGUUUGAGCAUACAGCCGCUCUCAACUUGAUGCUGCGACAUGGUCGGGUCUCGCAACGGAAACGCGAUGCCGCUCUCAUGGAAGAUGAGGACUGCGGUCUAUCACAGUUCCUGAUCGAUCGGAGCGUUGCAAAUCCGAUAUUUGGCACUGCGUUUCACUGGUAUCUCAUGAUCGAAUGCGAAGAUAGAGGUACGGUUGGAAAGAUGUACGCGAAGGUGGCAUUCCGAUAUAUGAAAAAACUCUCAGAGACUGAGGCAGGUAAAGCACAGCGGGAUGUGCUUCGACGACAGGGCGAGCUGGUCGAAACGCUAUCUGCGCGCGCCAAGGAGAUGCGAGCGUCGAAGGACUCGAGAACGAGAAAGAUCGAAAAGCUUCAAUCCUACAUCUCGGACCCGAAACACGGGUUGAACCCACUAUCCGGCCCCUUACCACUCCCUCUGAAUGCCCGGAUAUCGGUGACUUCUUUGGUCCCCGAAAAGUCACUUGUUUUCAAAUCCAAUUUGUUUCCCCUUCUGCUAUGGUUUGAAACGACCGAUCCCAACCGGACAUCAGAGGACGAGAACGCCGACGGAAUUGCAGUCAUUCACCACGACUACGCCAUCAUAUUCAAGAAUGGCGAUGACUUACGACAAGAUCAGCUCGUCAUUCAGCUCUUCACCCUGAUGGACCGACUCCUCAGGAAGGAAAAUCUCGAUCUCCGCCUCAGCCCUUACAAUGUGUUGGCGACUUCCGUUGCAGAGGGGAUGAUACAAUUCGUGCCAAGCAAAAGUCUAUCCGCAAUCAUGGCUGAGCACGGCAAUUUGCAAAACUACCUGCGGAUUGAGCACGCAGAUGAUGGUGCUUUGGGUUCCUAUGGCAUCGAAGCUAGCGUUCUGGAUACUUUCAUCCGGAGUUGUGCCGGCUAUUCCGUCCUCACCUAUGUGCUUGGUGUCGGUGAUCGCCAUCUAGACAACCUUAUGCUUGCUCCUGAUGGUCAUUUCUUCCACGUCGAUUUUGGGUACAUUCUCGGACGUGAUCCGAAGCCUUAUCCGCCUCCCGUCAAGGUCUGCAAAGAGAUGGUUGACGCGAUGGGCGGGACAAGCUCAACUCAUUAUGCCCGGUUCCAGAGUUUGUGCUAUACCGCCUUCAUUGGUUUACGAAAGAAUGCCAAUUUGAUCUUGAAUCUCGUGGCACUCAUGGUCGAUGCAGGUAUUCAAGACAUUCGUCUCGAGCCGGACAAGGCUGUAUGGAAAGUACAAGAAAAAUUCAUGCUAGACCUCUCAGAGGAGGAUGCCAUCAAACAAUUUGAAGCAUUGCUCAACGAUACAUCCUAUCUGACCGUGGUUUUCGAUCGUAUUCACGACUGGGCACAGUACUUGCGAGACUGAGCCUGCUCUUAUUCGACCUUUUAGCUGUUGUAUUCUCGCAUGGGUCCCAUAAUUAUGAACAUUGCAUACAUCCUAAGAUACGC